UUGUCAUUUGUCAAGGUGUACAUGUGAAUUGUGAUAAACAAAUCUUCCAAUAGCAUAUUAUUUUUUUAUUGAAACCAGAUUAAGAAGAAUAUAUUCAUUACAAAAUGUAUGACAUAUUUGCUCACAUUCAUUAAUAAAGUUGAACUUGGCUUUUAGAAUGAGUUCGGAAAAUAAGAAUCCAAAGUUUAAAGAAUUAAGUGUAUCGAAGUCAACAUUGAAGGCGAUCAAAAGCAUGGGUUAUAAAUACAUGACUGAUAUUCAAUCUGAAGUGUUGCCCAAAGCUCUAGAUGGAUAUGAUAUCGUGGCUACUGCAAAAACAGGUUCAGGGAAAACACUUUCGUUUUUAAUACCAGUUGUAGAAUUGGUAAAAAAAUUAAUGGACAAAGCGACGUCAGGUACACUUUGCAUUGUUGUAUCUCCAACGCGAGAGUUAGCAAUACAAACUUACACAGUGCUUCAAGAUUUAAUUUCAUUCCACUAUGGCAUGACUUCUGCAUUGGUUAUUGGUGGGGAGAGUAGAAAAGGACAGAGCAUUUUAUUAGCAAAAGAUGUUCAUAUAGUAGUUGCUACACCUGGACGACUUUUUGAUCACAUGAGGACUAAAGAAUUUAAUUAUAAACAAGUAUGUUGUCUAGUAUUGGAUGAAGCUGACAAAAUUUUUCAGUAUGGGUUUGAGGAAGAUUUGAAACAAAUAAUUAAUAGACUUCCCAAGAACAGACAGACAAUGUUAUUUAGCGCCACUCAUUCUGAAACAACAGAGGCUUUAAUUAAAUCAGCUAUGAAAGAUGAUUUCCACACAAUAAAUACUAAUGAAGAUAAUGAUAGAGCAACCGUAGAAGGACUAAAACAAGGAUAUGUUAUAUGUGAAACAGAAUAUAGACUAUUUUGGCUCCACAAACUGUUGAAGAAAACUCAAAAUCAAAAAGUGAUGGUAUUUUUUUCAAGCUGUAAAUCAGUUAUUUUUCAUCAUGAGUUUCUGUUCAAAUAUUGCAACAUGCCAGUUCUUUGCAUUCAUGGCAAAAUGAACCAGACAGAUAGAACCAGUGUUAUGACUAGCUUUUACAGUGCGGAUAAAAUGGCACUGUUUUGUACUGAUUUAGCUGCAAGGGGCUUAGAUAUUCCAGCUGUUGAUUGGAUAGUUCAGUUUGAUCCACCUUCUGACACAAAUGAAUAUAUUCAUAGAGUUGGAAGAACUGCAAGAGGGUUAGGGGCUGAAGGUUGUGCAGUUCUAUUGUUGAGACCAGAAGAAAAAGAAUUUGUUGAUUAUUUAAAUGAAGCAAAAAUUUUCUUGGACAAGUAUGAGACAUGGGAUAAAUAUAAUAAUUUGCAGCCAAAAUUAGAUGCUGCUAUGGAAGAUCCACAGUUUCAUAAAAUGGCUGUUGAAGCAUUUGAAGGUUAUAUAAGAGCAUUUGAAGUAAAAAAAUUGAAACAUGUAUUUAAUUUACUCAAAAUGGACUUGGAUAUUGUUGCUAAAUCUUUUGGCUUAAAAGGAAAACCCGAUGUUGAUAUAAGGGUUGGCUUCAGUAAAAAGCAUAGACCCAGAAAAAGGAAAGCAGCAAUGUUGGUUUCUAAAACCAUACCAGAAAAAAUAUCCACGGCUUAGUUAGAAAUAGUAUUAAGUAAAUAUUUGUAUGAAUAUGGAUAUAAAUAAAACAUUAUUU